AUGGAGUGGGCCAUGUCGGAGCUGAUGAGGAAUCCAAGAGUGAUGCGGAAGUUGCAAGAGGAGGUGAGGGAGACUGUCGGAGAAAAGGGAAAGGUGACGGAGAAGGACAUCAACGGAAUGAACUACUUGAAACUGGUCAUCAAGGAGACUCUGAGGCUGCACCCUCCUGUUCCUCUGCUGCUCCCCCGAGAGUGCCGGGAGACGUGCGAGGUUCUUGGUUACCAGAUACCAGAGAAGACAAGAGUAUUCGUGAACGUUUGGGCCUUGGGAAGGGAUCCUCGACACUGGGACAAUCCCACUGAGUUUGAGCCAGAGAGAUUCGAGAGGAGGAAUUCCAUGGUCGACUUCAAGGGAACCAACUUUGAGUUCUUACCUUUCGGGGCAGGGAGGAGGAUAUGCCCAGGGAUGUCAUUUGGUUUGAAGAGCAUAGAGCUUUCCCUGGCUAGCCUUCUCUACAACUUUGAUUGGGAGCUCCCAUCGGGAGAUGAAGGGAUGCCCCAGGAGUUGGACAUGAGCGAGACCUUCUCGAUUACGUGCCGGAGGAAGUCGGACCUCUGUCUACGUGCCAUCCCUCGUAUUCCUUUCUCCAUGACCUGACCUUUACUUAAAAAUACAUGCACCCGUAGUCAUUUCUUCAUGCAUGCACUUCUACCCAGCAGUCAGCAGCAUUAUUACAGAAAUGUGUUGCACUUCAUAUAAAUAGUGUUGAUACGGUAUAAGAGGCUCGUUCGUGUGAAGCCCUAUUAUGGGCAGUUUAAUAAAAUGAAAUAAUAUUUAUGAAA